AUGCCUCCCUCGAACAUUCAGCAUUUGCCGGCCUCGCAUCCAGCAUCCCGCCAGCGUCCCAAAUCGCCAAAUCGCGUGCUUGCGGAAGCAGAGGCGCAAUGGAUCUUCACCGAGGAGGAGCUGGCCAACACGCCCUCCAUACAAGACGGCAUGUCGGUCGCCGAUGAGCGUCAAUUGCGUGCAAAGGGAAUCAACUUCAUCGUCCAAUGCGGCGUCAUGCUGAAGUUGCCACAACUCACCCUCAGCACGGCAGCCAUCUUCUUCCAGCGAUAUCUCAUGCGCUCCAGCUUGAAGAAGCCGCGGGGCGGCAUGUCCAAGCCCGUUCAUCACUAUUCAUCUGCAGCCACCUGCUUGUUCCUAGCCACAAAAGUCGAGGAGAGCUGUCGCAAGAUGAAGGAGAUGAUGCUGGUAUUCUGCCGUGUGGCGCAGAAGAACCCCAAUCUGGUCAUCGAUGAGCAGAGCAAGGACUUCUGGAGGUGGAGGGACUGGGUGCUGCAGGAGGAGGACUUCUUGUUGGAGACUCUUUGCUUCGAUCUGACGGUCGAAUCGCCGCAUCGACAACUAUACGACAUGCUGAAAUUUCACGGCCUGGAGCACGAUAAACGACUGCGGAACUCGGCCUGGGGCUUUGUGACGGACAGCAAUAAUACACAACUGUGUCUGCUCUUCAACAGCCGAACCAUUGCUGCUGCAAGCCUCUAUGCCGCUUGCAGGUAUUGCGAGGUCGAAAUACACGACGACAGCAAGGGACGUCCAUGGUGGGAAGCCUCACAUGUACGGCUCAAGGACAUGCGCCUUGCACUCGACUACAUCGUCACGCAGUAUGAUCCAACCGCACAAAAGAUCAACGGCACAUCAGUGAGCAGCAGCUCAGACGGCCAUGGAUCAAUCUAUGCUGGUCUCGGAACUCCCAUUGUGGAUGAAGGCAUGGGUAGUACCCGUGCACGCGAACGUGCGCCUGCGUCCGCUUCGCCUUUUCCUGCACCUGAGAGUGAACGACGGACGAGCAACACAAGCAGUAUUGGCAUAAAGCGCGAUCGAGAUGUAACAGCCACCGCUGCCGAUGGACAUGCUGCAAAAGAUUCGGCCGAGGAUGAACAGGAUGCUAAGCGUGUCCGACUGAGCGAUAAGCCCGACUCGGUCGCUGGCAGCGAAGAAGGCGAGGUUGAAGAAUGA